AUGAUCAUCUACCAGGACCUCAUCAGCCAUGAUGAGAUGUUCUUUAACAUUUCUAAGAUCCGGGAGAUCGCAGACCGGUUGUGCCUCGAGGUGGAGGGGAAGAUGAUAGGUAGGACAGAGGGUAGCACUGAUGACUCGCUCGUUGGUGGAAAUGCCUUGGCUGAAGGCCCAAAUGGUGAAGGUACCAAAAACACAGUCAUCACUGAUGUUGAUAUUGUCAUGAACUGUCACUUGCAGGAAACCAGCUUCACAAAAGAAGCCUAUAAGAAGUACAUCAAAGAUUACAUGAAAUCAAUCAAAGGCAAACUUGAAGAACAGAGACCAGAAAGAGUAAAACCUUUUAUGACAGGGGCUGCAGAACAAGUCAAGCACAUCCUUGCUAAUUUCAAAAACUACCAGUUCUAUACUGGUGAAAGCAUGAAUCCAGAUGGUAUGGUUGCUCUCCUGGACAACCGUGAAGAUGGUGUGACCCCCCCCCCCCCCAUAUACGAUUUUCUUUAA